AUGCACUUGUCUCUGUUGGUGCUAGUGUUGGGAGAUCUUCAUAUCCCGCAUCGGUGUAACAGCCUCCCAGCCAAGUUCAAGAAGCUCCUGGUUCCAGGGAAGAUCCAGCACAUCCUCUGCACUGGGAAUCUCUGUACGAGGGAGAGCUAUGAGUACUUGCGGACGCUGGCUGGCGAUGUCCACGUCGUCCGAGGAGACUUCGAUGAGUGCCUCAGUUACCCACAGCAGAAAAUCAUCACGGUUGGGCAGUUUAAAAUCGGUCUGAUCCACGGUCAUCAAGUUAUUCCCUGGGGCGACCUGGCCAGCUUGGCAAUCCUGCGGAGGCAGCUCAAUGUGGACAUCCUAAUUUCGGGGCACACCCACAAAUUCGAGGCAUUGGAGCAUGAGAAUAAGUUCUAUAUCAACCCAGGAUCAGCCACUGGAGCCUAUAAUGCCUUGGAAAGAAAUAUCACCCCUUCAUUUGUUCUGCUGGAUGUCCAGUCCUCUACAGUCGUAACUUACGUGUACCAACUCAUUGGUGAUGAUGUGAAAGUGGAAAGGAUUGAAUACAAGAAGUCUUAAAUCAAGACAUUUCUCCAUCCGUUUCCCCCCACUCUGCCUUGACGU